ACUCACUUUAAAACCCUUUAAGAACCUUUUUUUGGUUAUUUUCUUAAUAUUUGUGACAAAUUAUCAAGUUAAUAGAUAAACAGUACCACCUACUCAAUAGAAACUGGCCCUAAGACUCAUCGCGCAUAUUUUGUUGCCUGUGUGUGGUGUUGGCAUCAUGGCGGCUUCCAUGUCAGACGAUGACAUCAUCCGCAAGCGGCUGCUGAUUGACGGGGACGGCAUCGGGGACGACAAGCGCAUCAGCACGCUGAUGAAAACCUUCAUGAAGUGGUGCAACGCGCCGGGGUCAGACGAGGAGAGCGCCACCUAUCAGCGCAUGCUGGCACAGCUGGCCCAGUGUGAACACGCCAUGGAGAAAACGCAGCUCAUUCAUGGCAUGAACACCCACGAAAUCAACAACUACGAACAACUCUACACUGAUAUAGAACAGAGUAUAGAAGAUGCUCACACGAAGAUCGGGGACUGUAAACAGGAACUCCAGCAUGCAAAGAGAGUCCGCAAGAACAGACAAGAGUACGACGCUCUUGCCAAGGUCAUCCAGCAGCACCCAGACAGACAGCAGACGAUGAGGAGACUUGAAGAGCUGCAGAAGGAACUUAAGACACUGAAGGACUCCAGGGAGGGUCUGGAGGCCAAGAUGGAGAUGCGCCAGAAACAGUUCCAUGUGUUGGUCACCUCCAUCCAUGAGUUGCAGGCCAUGCUAGAAGAAGAUGAGAAGGAUGAGGAUGAAGAGGAACAGAUGGAGACAGGCUCCAGCACCUAGCGCUAGAUCUAUGCUAGAGCAUUGCUAGAUACACGCCCCAGCACAUAGUCCCAGAGUUAUGGUUUGAGUACCUACACAGUAGCACAAGGUGUAAGGUCCUGAACCAAGUGUUAGAUUCUUGCACUUUUUGUGGGAUCAAGCAUAUAAUGCUAGAUACAUGUCCUAGCACAUCAUGGUAGAUGCAGACUCCAGCACCUAGCACUAGAUGUAGGCCCCAGCACCUAGCACUACAUGUAGGCCCCAGCACAUAGCAC